UUUUUUUGUCGCAUCCGGGCUUCCGUAGACAGCAGGAACGAAGGAUCCUGCUCGCUGCCUCAGCCCGAGAGCAUCCUUUCUGCUCGCCUCCUCUCGCCCUCCUCUCCAAAAACACAGCGGGAUGACGGAGAAUCACGAGCAUCGCGUCUCUCCAGCUCGCCGGAUCGCGCCAGAAUUUCGUGUGUCGGGUUCCGCUCGGCGUCGUUGUGCGAUCCGACACGAGGCUCUCGUCCCGAUGCGGAGCAGACAUCACAGCCUGUCUGUGGAAACCUAAAGAACAUCACGUUUAGUGAUAGCUGGGCUCAGCCUCUAGCUUUUAGUUAUUUUUAUUUUUUUAUUUUACUCCCAUUUCUGGCAGCCUAAAGACUCUUUGGGCAGUUUUUUUUUUUUAUUUCUUCUCAUUAUUUGCUUUCGCCCUCCGGUCAUCGGCUGAUGUGAAUGGAAUCAUUGGUGCUCCGGCGGAGAAGAUGCCCACAUAAAAGUCCUCGAGGCGCCUGAGACUUUAAAAGAGAGACGUCUAGAGAAGAGGACCAUGUCCGCUCGUGAUUCUGACCCGAUGCCAUAAGAAGAGGACUCGGGGGACCCGAAAAGAUCCACCGCCGGGUUUUUAGGCCCUGGGAUGAUCACAUGUCCACAUCCGCCUCUGUCUGAAAACGGGGCCUUGUGUCUUUGUUCAUUCAUCAAAAACAAGUCAGUUUGUGAAUGAGACCCCGGCCCUCCUCCCUCUGAGGCCCAUUGCGACAUCUUUUUUUUUUUUUUUUUUUUUUGUCAUGCUGGGCACCAGAAAGCCGACCGUGUGGCCUCCCUAUCUUCACUAAGGACCCCAUGACAGAAGUCCCGUAGUCCCCACAUGUCCCCAUCAGAGAUCCCACAGCAGCUGUCGGGGAUGCGCGCAUGCCUGUAGCCGCUCCGCGCCAGCGCUGCCGAGGCUGGCGGCCGUCCUCCUCGGCCAUGACCCGGCUGAUGUUGGGCCGCACGCUGGAGCGCAUCUGCAAAGGCGUCCUGCUGCUGUGCCUGCUCCACUUCCUCAUCAUGAUGAUCCUGUACUUCGACGUCUACUCGCAGCGGUUCGACCUCUUCAGCCGCUUCAACAACGGCCGCAACGGAUCCAGGAACAGCAGCAGCAGCGGCAGCGGCGCCGGCGGCAGCAGCAACGCCAGCGUAGGGGCGGCGGGGAGCGGGCACCACUUCUACUACUACAACCUCUCCAGGCCCAACGCCACGCUGGCCGCCGGGGAGCAGCUGGUGGCGAGCGCGCAGCCCGAGGGCAGUCAGACGCCCUCCCCCAAGCCGCUGCCGCCGUGCCCCGACAACCCGCCCGGCCUCGUGGGGCGUUUGUUGAUCGAGUUCAGCUCCCAGAUGACGAUGGAGCGAGUGCAGAGGGAGAACCCCAACGUGACGGACGGAGGCCGCUACACGCCGCCCGACUGUCGGCCUCGCUGGAAGGUGGCCAUCAUCAUCCCGUUCCGCCACCGGGAAAACCACCUGAAGUACUGGCUCCACUACCUCCACCCCAUCCUCAGGCGGCAGAGGAUCGACUACGGCAUCUACAUCAUCAACCAGUUGGGCGAGGAAACCUUCAACCGCGCCAAGUUGCUGAACGUCGGCUACGCGGAGACCUUGAGGGACGGAGAGUACGACUGCUUCAUCUUCAGCGACGUGGACCUCAUCCCGAUGGACGACCGCAACCUCUACCACUGCUACGACCAGCCGAGGCACUUCGCCAUCGCCAUGGACAAGUUCGGCUUCAGGCUGCCAUACGCAGGCUACUUCGGGGGAGUCUCGGGCCUCAGUAAUAAACAGUUCCUGAAGAUCAACGGCUUCCCCAACGAGUACUGGGGCUGGGGAGGCGAGGACGACGACAUCUACAACAGGAUCACUCUGAAUGGGAUGAAGGUGUCGAGGCCGGACGUUCGCAUCGGUCGCUACAGAAUGAUCAAACACGAGAGAGACAAACACAACGAGCCCAACCCGCAGAGGUUUAAUAAAAUCCAGAACACGAAGAACACGAUGAAGAAAGAUGGCAUCAGCUCUCUGACCUACAGGCUGGUUCAGGUCAAGAAGUACCCUCUGUACACAAACAUCUCCGUGGAGAUCGGCAAGCCGCCGCCGCGCCCCAUGAAGGGCUAGAGAGAGGCGGGAAGAAGCCGGCGGGGAGGGAAACACACCCUGAACAUCUGGAAGGAUGCAGAUGUGAAAGAUGGAGGGAAAGUAUCAAGCACAUCAUGUUCUCUCUUUCUCUCUUUUUUUUUUUUUUUUUUUUUUU